AUUCGAUCUUUCUUCUUGACCAUACCAAUCAUACCAAUCAAUCCAAUACCAAUUCCAACAAAAAUGAAUAUUUUUGCAAAUGAAGCAACACAAGAACGUGCAGAAAAUGCUAGACUUGCUUCGUUUGUUGGUGCAUUAGCAUUAGGUGAUUUAGUUAAAAGUACAUUAGGACCCAAAGGAAUGAAUAAGAUUUUACAUUCGACUACAACAGGUGAUAUCACAGUAACGAAUGAUGGAGCGACGAUUUUAAAAAGUAUUCCACUUGAUAAUGCAGCUGCUAAGAUUUUAGUUAAUAUUAGUAAAGUUCAAGAUGAUGAAGUUGGAGAUGGUACUACUAGUUGUUGUGUUCUUGCUGCUGAAUUAUUAAGGGAAGCGGAGAAACUUGUGACUACGAAUCGGAUACAUCCUCAAACUGUUGUGGAAGGUUAUAGAAUUGCAAGUCAAGUGGCACUUAAAACUUUAGAAUCCCAUGCUAAAGAUCAUUCAUCAGAUCCAGUUGCAUUUCGAAAAGAUUUAAUUAAUAUUGCCAAAACUACAUUAUCGUCAAAAGUGCUUGCAGCAGAUAAAGAAUAUUUUGCAAAUUUAGCCGUAGAUGCAGUUUUAAGACUUAAAGGUUCUACUGAUUUAGAUCAUAUUCAAAUCAUUAAAAAAGCUGGUGGUCAACUUACUGAUUCUUAUCUUGAUGAGGGUUUUAUCUUGGAAAAGAAAAUCGGAACUAACUGUCCAAAACUCAUGACGAAUGCCAAAAUCUUAAUUGCCAAUACAUCUAUGGAUACGGAUAAGGUUAAGAUUUUCGGUGCUCGGAUUCGAGUAGAUGGAACAUCGAAACUAGCUGAACUUGAACGAGCUGAAAAGGAAAAGAUGAAAGCUAAAGUAGCUAAAAUCAAAGCACAUGGGAUCAAUUGUUUUGUAAAUCGACAGUUGGUUUACAAUUACCCUGAAUCUUUAUUUGCAGAAGCAGGGAUCAUGUGUAUCGAACAUGCUGAUUUUGAAGGAGUGGAACGAUUGGCCUUAGUGACGGGUGGUGAGAUCACCAGUACGUUUGAUCAACCUGAUCAAGUGAAACUUGGACAGUGUGAUCGGAUUGAAGAAGUGAUGAUUGGUGAGGAUGUACUCCUAAAAUUCUCAGGUGUAGCAGCAGGAGAAGCAUGUACAGUAGUGAUUCGAGGAGCCACAGCUCAAAUGAUCGAUGAAGCUGAAAGAUCAUUACAUGAUGCAUUAGCAGUUCUUUCACAAACUGUUAAAGAGACUCGGAUCACGUUUGGUGGAGGAUGUGCAGAGAUGUUGAUGGCAAAUGCAGUAGAUGAUGAAGCUAAACUGACAAAAGGGAAAAAAGCAAUUGCGGUUGAAAGUUUUGGUCAUGCUUUAAGACAAUUACCUACCAUCUUGGCUGAUAAUGCUGGAUAUGAUUCGGCUGAAUUGGUUUCUCAAUUAAGAGCGGCUCAUUAUGCUGGACAAUCUGAUAUGGGACUUGAUAUGUUUAAUGCAAGAAUUGCAUCUAUGGAAGAAUUAGGAGUGUUUGAAUCGUAUAAAUUGAAGAAACAAGUGGUCUUAUCUGCAAGUGAAGCAGCUGAGAUGAUCCUUAGGGUAGAUGAUAUCUUAAGAUCGACUCCUAGAAAACGAGAAGGACGUUGAACAACAGAAGAAGAAGCAGAAGCAGAAGAAGUAGAAGAUUGGUUUGGGUUUAAAAGAUGGUUUACAUUUGAAAAAGAUGAUCAAGUUUUGAAAUUUUGAUUGGUUUGAUUUGUUUACAUAUAUACAUAUGAAUAAUUGAAAUCAAAAGAAAAACAAACAAAUUGUAUGAAUUACAUGUCUUUUGUUUUUCUUAAAGGAAUUUAAUUCGACAACACUUGGUAUUAAAAUUGAUUAUAAUGUGUUUGAGAAGAAUGAAUUGAUACGAAUGUGAUCUUUGCGAAUGUUUAAAGAUUGAUCAAUUUAAAGUGAUC